GCUGCCCUAAUAUGCCUUUGUCAUCUUGUUUGUAGCCGCAGCACGAGAUAUGGCUUCCCAGUCCUCCCUUUCUCGAGUGAAGUAGGUGUCCAGCCUAUUUGGACUUUAAUUCGGAGAGAUGACGACCAGGAAGCAGUCAACAACACCUUUUAUCGUUGCCUGUAUUUAGAAUGUCGGUUGCACUAUCUGAAAUCGUUACCUUGGCGCCCACAGACACCCUUAAGUCGAAAAUACUCGAAAAAUGUGCGUCCCAGCAUGCACAUUUGUGACCUCUUCACUCGUUUGUCCAACCUCCCAACCGCCUGUCAUCCUUCAAGAUGUAAAGCACCAUUAGAGCAACAGUCCCCCAUAGACCAAGAUUCAAACUCUGCAUAUUAUGGUUUAGUUUUCUCCUCGCGGGAAGACAUAGCAUCGUAA